AUGCACACAAAUAAGGCACCCCUGCUCCAUAUUUUCGGUCCCCAGACAAUUACGGUGUCAAUCCAACAGAACGGCAAUUCCUUUCGACGUGACGUCCAAUCAACUUCAAAUGGGAGGGUACUGAUUGUGCGUACCCAUCAGAGCAUCGAGCCCUAUGUAUCCUCAUCGUCCAUAAGGUUAGCAACAAACUGUGUACGGGUUGCACAUCGGCUUUACCUGUCACAGUUCCAUUUGUUGUUAAUUAUAACCAUGUGGGUUCAGAAGCGAAAGAUUCUA